AUGUUAUGUUAUCAAAGCCACCUUCCGUAGCCUCGUUAUACUUUUGCUCUCUUUUACAAUGUUAAAAUAUCAUAUACCUUCUCUAACCCAUUUCCAUAUCAUGACCAUCUUCACGUUCUGCUUGUCUUAGGUGACGGUUAGUCAUUUGUCUCCGUCUCAGGUUACUCGCAUACCAUCAUGGCGUCCGACGACGAAUUUUCUUCGGCAAGCUCCCCGAUCGCAUUUGAAGACUUCGAUCAAGAUGAUGUCUUUCGGAAGGCCGAACUACACGUGAGGAAUGAGGAAAGCAGAAAUUUCGUAGUUGAAUUUAGUCGGAAACACGCGCGAAUCGCAUUCGACUUGAAUGAUAAUGAGAUGAAGGAGCUACUUGAUCAAAACCCUGGCGAUCAGAGAGAUUAUCCUAUUCGAUGGAUUAAUAUUUGGGACCCUAGCGCGCAAAGGGAUGUCAUGGGCUCUAUUGGCAAGAAAUAUGGUUUCUCGCCUAGGCUACUUGGUUUAAUGUCUACACCAAGAUCACAGCAGGAUGAGGCGCGACGGCAUAAUCAUAGGAGGAGGAUUUCCUUCCGCCAUCAUCAACGAUCAAACAGGGAUCUAGAAAAAGGAGAUGUCAUCAAUGGGAGCUUCCCGAAGCCUCUAGCGUCCGCGGAGAUCAAUGAUAGUAUAGCUCUAUAUCUGCAAGUGAAGGAUACCGUCAACUACUUCUCAACGGAUCAAACCCAGAAAGCCUUCUGCAUCGGAGCAAAUUGGCUUCAUAAACGACCGGUACCAGUGCUUGAACAUCCACGAAUCAGCAUAAUGCCGCCCAAGCAUUGGCAAUGGCUUGCAUUGUGUAAUAACCACACUGUCUUGUCAAUCCACGAGAAGCCCUUAUUCGAACCAGUUCCGGAAAAGGAGGACAAGGUAAGCUGGCGUAAUGAGGAAUUUGAAUCUAUGAGGGCGCAUAUCAUGGAUAUUCUCCGGCAGCUAUCUACUAAAGGGGUCGACCUUUACAAGGGCAAUCCACUUGCUCAAAGUUCAGUUAGGGAAUCACUGCCGAACCCCCGGCAAGACCUAAGCAGAACACAAUCAGGAGUAUCCGUUUUCAAUAACAGCGAGACGGGAAGUCCGGCCGACGAAGGAACUAGCAACCUUUUCUACUACUUGUUUGAAGACUACGUUGCAGCCGGCCCUCUCAAAGCCGCGGAACAGGAACUGGAUGAGAUGACCCACAAGAUCCUGGACAGUACACGUCGAAGCAAAGUGUCCAAGAGCUCCGAGAUCAUACCCACACUGCAUUAUCUGAGCAAGGAUCUUCGAGAGUUUAAGCACCUAUUCGAGAAUUAUAAGAACCUCAUCAGUAAGAUAAUGGCUGUCGGCAAACGAGAUUCACCUCAAAGCAUUCAUCUCGAUGCGGAUCAUAAGGUGUUCCUAACGAACUCUGCUUUGUCCCGAUUCGACAGACUAAGAGACCGACUUCAGUAUCUUAUGCUGAACACUAUCGAAGGGUACUUGGAAGAGAUAGCGGCGUUAUCGACAACGUACUUCAACUUGACACAACAGAAGGAUUCGCAGGCAACGGCUAGGCUCACGAGAAGUGCCACGUUAUUAGCCAAACUCAGCGUCUUCUUCCUGCCGAUCAGUUUUAUGACAAGUUACUUCUCGGUGCAGAUCGAAGAUCUAUACAUAUAUUGGACAGGCAAGACGUACUGGUACGCGUUUGCGGUUAUCGCGAGCGUGUCCUUCGUGAGCCUGUUCUUCUUCAGCAGGCUACUUAUGCUCUUUAGUGAUAUGAUGGACGAAUGGGCGGCAUUUAUACUAGACCGGGGCAAUGACGUUUUGCAACGUAUGAAAUUGCUAGUGGGGUGGAAAUCUAACGACGACGACGACGACGACGACAACGAAGGUUAAUGGGAAGGGUUGAUGUAAGUUUGCGUGGCGCUUUUAGUGUUUUUCCGUUGGUAGUGGAAAUCUGGCUCUGGUUGAAGCUGUCCAUUAGGUACCUGUUAUAUGGCUAUACCGCAUACAUAGGUAGUAAAACCUCUUGAAUGCCUUUAGAAGAUACGAUGGUAGUAGCUACAUAACCCACCGGAGGUUUACAGUCGGUUAUUUCAUUUCCAGAAGGUUUAUACGACUGGCCAACUCAAAUUUUAGAUUCAACUUUAACCUGGUGUCUAGAGUUGCUUACUAAUUUUUAAGGUUCGUUAGACAGUUGGAUAAAACUCGACGUAUUCGUCAUCUAGAAGUUCAACGUCAAACAUUCGCUUUCACAUGCCUCUAUUUUGGACCAAGAGGGGCAACUGAUCUCGUGACCUCGUUGUUUUAUCUGAAGUACUAAUGUAGGUACGUAAUUCUGCUGUCG